UUUUAAUUUUGCCAUUUCAAGUCUUGUUCCACGAUGGAAGAUUUAUGGUUGCAGUCCACACCACCCAAACAGAAACUCUCUCCAAAGUCCAAAUCAAGUAUAAGGAAGUUGCAGAAAGAAGCAAUCACACAUAUGCUUCAAUUGUCGUACGGAGAGGACAACAGUUUGGCUCUUGGAGAUAGCAAACACGAAGAACAGAACUUGUGGAAGAUUUUGGUUUAUGACUCUUACGGACGUGACAUAAUUGCGCCUUUACUGAGGGUAUCCGAACUAAGAAGUUUAGGGGUUACCCUGCACUUGUUACUUUCCUCUGAAAGGCAACCAAUCCCUGAAGUACCUGCUGUUUAUCUAGUUUCACCUACGGAACAGAACAUAAGUCGUAUUUGUGAAGACUUGGAAGAGAAAAUGUAUGAACAAUGUUAUUUAAACUUCACCUCAUCCUUGAGUCGAAAUUUACUAGAGAGAAUAGCAGAAAGCGCAGUGAGAGCUAGUGCAGUGCCACACGUCGCCAAGGUCUAUGAUAUGUAUACCAGCUUUGUCUCGUUAGAAGAUGAUCUAUUUGAGUUAGAGAUUAAGGACUGCUACUAUACUAUUCAUCAACCUUCUGUUUCAAACGUAAAAGUGGAACAAACUAUUGAUGCCAUCGUAUCUGGGCUAUUUUCAGUCUUUGUGACUCUCGCUUCGUUCCCAGUGAUUCGAGCACAGAAAGGGGGACCUGCCGAAAUGGUUGCGCAUAAGCUUGACGAUCUACUUCGUGAUCACCUAACAGCAAGAAGUAGCCUUUUUGUUGGAAAGAAGGGAGGUCUUGGUUCUCACUUUCAGAGGCCCUUGCUCAUUCUUAUGGAUCGAGAUAUUGAACUCCAUGUUAUGUUUCAUCAUAGCUGGACUUAUCAAGCUCUCAUGCACGAUUGUCUUCAACUUCAUCUCAAUCGGGUUAUUGUUAAGGAAACGAGUUCAGCCGGUUCUUCAACAACGAGCAAAACGUAUGAUUUGGAUCCCGAAGAUGAAUUUUUGAUUGAAAAUGCCGGAGUUCCUUUUCCUCAAGUUGCAGAAAAUGUGGAAAAAGCAUUGGAAUCAUAUAAGCAGGAAAUCAACGAAAUUAACCGUAAGACUGGUUCUGUUGGAGAAGAGCUACUAAAUGAAGAGUCGGACAAUGUUCUGGAAGCCAAGGCUGCAGCGCUUGUUUCUGUACAAAAUUCUUCACAUGAUUCCUCUAAUGACCUCGCAUCCUCUGUGGCUAAAAUCCCGGUUUUGAUGAAAAAGAAACGAACGAUAGAUUUACACACAAGUAUUGCUAGUGCCUUGUUGGACUGUAUUAAGGAGAGGUCACUUGAUGCCUUCUUUCAACUGGAAGAUGCUCUGAUGAGUAAGCCCUCCCUGUCACAUGAACAGCGUCAAUCUGUAUAUAAUCUAGUGAAGGACGUGCGAGGAAGUAAGGAGGAUAAAAUACGUCUAGUAUUAAUUUAUUAUUUGUUUCGUGAGAACAUUUCGUCGGAAGAAAUAAGAGAAUUGAAAGAACUUCUUACUGGAGCGUCAUGUAGUAUUUCGCCUAUUACGUAUUUGGAACAGUUGAGGAAAAUGAACAAAGUCACGUCUACGUCACUUUUAAACUUGAAGCGAAUGAGCUCAGGUUCAAACUCUACAGUUCCCUUUCAUUUUGAAAGCAUUAUGUCGAGAGUAGUUGAACAAGGUUACAAAGGUUUGACGCAAGUUGCAGAGUCGUUGAAGAAACUGAUUCCCUCGAAUAAAGCCUUUAUGAUCGCACGCAUAGUUGAGUCCCUAAUGGAGAAUAACAAGACUUCGGAGAGUGAGAGUUUUAACUUUUUGUUUCUUGAUCCGAAAGUUCGUAAGGGAAAGGUCGUUGAAAGUCAGAAGAUAUCAACUCCCUUUCAAGACGCCAUCGUUUUUGUUGUUGGGGGUGGCAAUUACGUAGAGUAUCAAAAUCUAAAGGAUCACUCACGGAAAGACAAGCAUAUUAUUUAUGGAAGUACGGAUAUGGUAUCGUCCAAUGAGUUUCUGCAUCAAUUGUCUAGACUAGGUGAUGACCAUUUGAAUUCCUGAACAAGUUUCUGCAAUGUCAGCAAUAAUGGGAUUGGAGUAUGUGAAUAUAUAGAGAAUUCAGUUUUGCUCUAUUUCAAAGAGUCGACAACACACUGUGUCAAACAAAGUACACCAGAGGAAGGAUAUUUUCCUGAUUUCAUCUGAAAUGUUUUGGCAUUUUGAAAUGCUUUCGACAUAAAAUAAAUUGCCAAAGUAUUUAGCUGAAUGCGAUAUUAGUUGGUUUGGAAACGAGGAAAUAAUAUCAAUCUUUCUAAUCCAAGCAAGGUUAAAUAAUAUGGCAGUCGCACUUGGGAAUAUUUUGUCCAAAGUCAAUUGGAUAUCAUUUUGGUUAAUGUUGGCUUUUUGGAUUGCCAUUCAAUGCGUUUUAUGGAUAUGUUCGAGUCAUAAGUCAUGAAAACGCAUUCAUUUGAGAAGCAGUCAACUGUUUUCAUUUUUUCCAAUUGGUCAGUUUCUUCUAACAAUUGAUGCUUUGGCCCUUAACGGAACGAGUUGAAAGCUUCUCCUGAAAAGCUUGUAAUAAAUUGGACCCGUUUGUU